CGGUAAAUUCGGUUACGUGAGAAACGAAACUUUCACUUCUCACUCUUUCUUUUUCUUUUCUUUCCUUUUCAAUUUUUUUUCUUAGCUUUGACAUUUUUCAUUUCAUUUCUCAAACAAAGAAAGAAAAAAGAAAAAAUCUCUUAUCUUAUUUCCCAAACCAAACUUGUUUCGGUGAUCGCUCCCAAAGCUUUCGUUCUCUUAAUCGUAAUAAUUUCCCAAACAAUUAAGAUUUUGAGAAUGGGUUCUCUGCAAGGACAAGUUAUGUGUCCCUCUGUUCAUCCCAAAGUUGCAGGGUUCUGUAGCCUUCCUAUGAUUGGGCCAAUGAAUGCUAGCUGUGUUAGACCUGAGUUUUGGGGACUCAAGGAACUUAGUGGCAGCGGCAAGACUAGGACGGGUUUCCUUUCUUGGCACAUAAACACGCGAAAAAGCAAGACAAUAGUGCAUUGUAGUUUAAAUCCGUCCUCGAAUGAUGGCGGAAGUACGGCAGAAAAUUUCGAUGAAAAAGAUGAAGAUUAUGUUAGGUCAAGUGUGAUUGAAGCUGUUGAGGUGAAGAGUGGAGCAGAUGGUUUCAUUAUCAAAAUGAGGGACGGAAAACACUUGAGAUGCGUCCAAAACAAUCCUCAGGGAGGCCAUCUACCAGAUUAUUCACCACAUCCCGCUAUUGUUUUGAAGAUGGAAGAUGGUCUACUUCUCCCUAUAAUUGUUUCGGAGAUGCCAAGCGUCUUACUAAUGGCAGCAGUGCGCAAUGUUCAAAUUGCUAGACCUACUUUAUAUGAAGUAGUGAUGGAGAUGAUUGAAAAGAUGGAUUACCAAGUUAGACUUGUCAGAGUGACUAGGAGAGUCGAUGAUGCAUACUUUGCCCAGUUGUAUCUUACCAAGGUUGGAAAAGAGGCAGAAUGUAGGAGCUUUGACCUUCGACCUUCAGAUGCUAUCAAUAUUGCAAUUAGAUGCAAGGUGCCAAUACAAGUCAACAAGUACUUGGCGCACAGUGAUGGAAUGAGAGUAAUUGAAUCAGGCAAAGUGUCAAUACAGUUCCCUGGUUUUGAUGGCCGGUUAUUGACAGAAAUGGACAAGCCAAACGGUCAGCCUUGUGCUGAAACCGAUGAAUUCAAUCUUUUGAACAACAUGUUGAAAGCUGUUGGUGAAGAGCGUUACAGUGAUGCUGCGUUAUGGAGGGACAAACUUAAUCAACAUAGGGCUGGUAAAAACGUCAAGAAAAGAUCCUGAUGGAACUCUUAAAUUGUACACACAAUCUAAAUAUUCGCGAUACAGCUGAUAGCAGUCUCGUCUCUCCCUUCCUUCAGCCUAUAUAUAUGCUGGCAUUGUGAAUAUUUGUAUAUGUUUAAACAUUAAUGUUAAUAUAUCUCGUGUAACUUUUCGUAUGCUUGUUCCAAUCCUCAGAAGCUGUUUAUAUGUAACUGCUUUUAACUUAUAUGGCACAAUGCUACAUAAGCACUCAGUUCUAUGUUUUGUGUGUGUUAUAUGUAAAUUUAGGUAGACUUGCUUAUAGAUAACUUUAAAUGCAUGGUUGGUUACAUUGAGCAAUCAAUUGACCACUCA